CGCGAUUGUGCGUUUUUACUUGUUUUCCAUGUCCAUCAUCGUGGACUGAGUCAUAGGAGGGUCGGGAAAAUUAUGGGUUUAAAUACGAGCAGCUCGGCUUUGGAGUUUUUUUUUCACCAUGUUGUAUAAUAAUUGAAGAACAACUACUUUCCUACAGAAUCUUUUUUUCAAGAAAUAUAAUACUCUUGAUUUGAACCACCUAUCGUUUCCGUCAAUAUGACACGCACCGAUGUCCUCAUCGUGGGAGCAGGUCCAACGGGCCUCGUUCUAGCUCUGUGGUUAACUCGCCAAGGUAUCAGCGUGCGUAUUAUCGACAAAUCAGAAGCCAAGGCAUCAACAUCACGAGCGAUGGCAAUUCACGCCCGCACACUCGAGCUAUAUCGCCAACUCGACCUCGCCGAAGAUGUUGUCGCAAACGGCCAUAAGAUCGCAGCGACCAAUAUUUGGGCUGGGGGAGUCCAUCGCUCCCAUGUCCCUUUCGGUGAUCUUGGUGCAGGCCUAACGCCCUACCCAUUCAUACACAUCUACCCCCAAGAUCAGCAUGAACGAUUGUUAGAGGCGCGAUUGAAUACAAUGGGGGUGCAUGUCGAGCGCAAUCGCGAGUUGGUCGAGUUCCGGGAGGAGGAUUCGUUUAUCACAGCGCGACUGAGGAAUCUGACAAAAUUACAUAUCGACAAUGAUGACAUCGAGACCUGUGAAGCAGCUUUCAUCGUUGGUUGUGACGGUGCUCAUUCUGCUGUCCGUCAGAACUGCGGGAUCGGAUUCGAAGGGGCCACAUACUCAAAGCUGUUCUAUGUAGCCGACAUUGAAGGCAGCGGGCCCAGUCUCAAUGGUCAAGCGCAUUUGAGUCUCAAUGAUAAGCAAUUUUUUUUGCUCAUGGCCUACGAUAAAGACCGUCGUGCGCGACUAAACGGUGCGGUCGAUGAAAGCGCCCUGACGAAAGACAUUUCCGACGUCACACUCGAUGAUGUUGCCCCAGACUACGGCAAGGCCGUGGGCGUCAAAAUCGACAAGGUAAACUGGUUCAGCACCUACCAUGUUCACCACAGGGUGGCUGAGGCCUUUCGCAACGGACGGGCUUUUCUUGUCGGGGAUGCGGCGCACAUCCACAGUCCGGUCGGAGGACAAGGAAUGAAUACCGGUAUUGGUGAUGCCAUUAAUCUCGCCUGGAAGCUUGCAGCAGUUAUCCAAGCCAAAGCCGACAUGUCUCUCCUUGAUAGUUACGAAAUUGAACGCGGUGCGUUCGCAGCGCUUCUGGUCAACACGACGGAUACUGCUUUUAACGCUAUUGCCUCAGAGGGGUACCUUUCAUAUUUCAUUCGAACAUGGUUCAUUCCUUAUGUUUCUCCUAUUCUGUCCAAGUUUGGUCUCGUGCGACAAAGAGUAUUCCGUGGCGUAUCCCAGAUUAUGCUAAAUUAUCGGGACAGUGCCCUGUCCACUGGCUCCGCUGGUACGGUCCAAGGAGGUGACCGUAUCCCAUGGGCUCCCGUGGGCGGACUUGAUAACUUCCAAAGCUUGAAGGAGAUUGAAUGGCAGAUGCACGUGUAUGGUGAACCGAAAGACAUGUUGAAGGAAUGGUGCCGCUCCAAGGGAAUUCCUCUGCACAUAUUUCCUUGGUGUGAGAAAUAUCAGUCGGUCGGCUUGGGAAAGGAUGCAGCAUAUUUGCUCCGACCAGAUACCUAUGUUGCAGUGGCGGAGCCUUCUGGCCUACCAGAUCAGUUCGAUCAAUAUCUGAAAGACAACGAGAUCCGACUAUGAUCAAAACUGCUUCUGGAUUGAUUGCCAUUUUGUCAUAGAUUUGAACCCCUUAGUUCUGUGUACUUGCAUUUGUAUGAAAGGCGUACCUGGAGUUGUGGUUUCUGGUCACUCACGAAUGUGUUAUGAUGACCUAUAGCUAG